ACCGUGCGUCAUUCUCGUGCGGGUCUUCGGCGUCGCUGAUCUGACAUUUCGAACUUCUCCGAGGCCUCAAUUUAAACGAUUGCUUUUUUUGCACCGGGAAUCGUCCUUUUUCAGUCUAUUGAUAUCAAUCAUCAGCCGGCCUCGCAACCCUAAUAACAAGUGACGGAACCCCGGGCAUUUUUCUCGAUCCCUCUUGUUUUUUUUUUCUUUUCUUUUAGCGAUCCCUCGACGAUUCUUAUACCCGCUCCGAUUCUUCCCCCCUUCUUUAUACCUGCCGUUCAACUGCCCCCAUCCUACGUCCCGGUUGCCCCCACCGCGGGGCGACUUCCACGCAGCGAAUAUCUAUCUCGCGGCACACACGGAGGGAAGUUGACGCGAAAAAAGGACGAAAAGAUCAGUGUGACACCGCGUUCGCCCGAGAGACGAACCCUUACAUGAUUUUAUCCAGUUCGCGCGCACGGAGAGCCGCCUGACACGACACUGAAAACCCUGUAUGCGUAUACGCAAGUACACGAACGCGAAUUGUCACAAUUGUCACUUUUCCACUCGUGUGAACACGUACACGUGCGCGCAUACUCGUACGGGAGCGCAUUAAGCACCUGAUACUUUAUUGAUAGCGACGAUCACGCUAGUCGACGGUGAAUAUUUAGCCGGAUCGGAUCACGUUUCUCGCCUGCUCACCGACGCCGGACGCCACGCGCGGAACAGAAGGAAUUAUAUAUACACAUAAAUAUAUAACGAUAAAUACAUAUAUAUUUAUAUACGUCUGUUUGCACACUUCGUAUUAGUUGGUCUUUUGGCAACCAGCCAGAUCGAACAAGCCCUACGAGCCGAGUUCGUCAAGAAUGUCGCACAGUACGAAAGGCCUCGGGGUACCGGUGCACGGGGGCAGGAUUCAGAGAACGCCAAUGCGCCCGAUGAUAGCGGAAUACGAGCCGAAGAAGCACGGCGUGAAAACAGAACUCUCAGACGUGGUGCUUGUCAAAUACAAGUGCGAGAAAAAUGACGUUCCUAUUACGGUCACGAAUGGCUCGACCUUGCCACUUGUGGAGCGGCCGAGCGACGAGGAGGCCGCCCUUUACGAUCCAUUCGAGCACCGAAAGCUCGCCCAUCCCACCACGGACCUCGACACGCUCAUACAUCUUCUCAAGGGUAGCUUGGGCACGGGCAUACUUGCGAUGCCGCUGGCCUUCCGUAACGCCGGCCUCGCCUUCGGCCUCUUCGCCACGUUUUUCAUCGGCGCGAUCUGCACCUAUUGCGUUCAUAUAUUGGUCAAGUCCGCGCAUCUCCUAUGCAGGCGGCUGCAGACGCCUAGUCUGGGCUUCGCCGACGUGGCCGAGGCGGCCUUCCUGGUGGGGCCCGAGCCGGUUCAGAAAUACGCCAGACUCGCCAAGGCGACGAUCAACACGUUCCUGGUGAUCGACCUCGUCGGCUGCUGCUGCGUCUACAUCGUCUUCAUCUCCACCAAUCUCAAGGAAGUGGUGGACUAUCAUACGGAUACGGACAAGGAUCUGCGGCUGUACAUGGCCGCGCUGUUGCCGUUGCUCAUUGUCUUUUCCCUCGUACGGAAUCUCAAGUUCUUAGCGCCGUUCUCGAUGGUGGCGAACGUGCUAAUCGCCACCGGGGUGGGCAUCACGUUCUACUACAUCUGUCGCGACAUGCCCACCAUUAGCGAUGUGCCAAACUUCUCGAGCUGGUCUCAGCUGCCCCUCUUCUUUGGCACCGCCAUCUUCGCCCUCGAGGGUAUUGGUGUUGUCAUGCCGUUGGAGAACAAUAUGAAAACACCAUCCCACUUUGUUGGCUGCCCGGGUGUCCUAAACACCGGCAUGUUCCUAGUUGUGCUGCUGUACAGUACUGUCGGUUUCUUUGGUUACUGGCGAUAUGGAGACAGCACAAAGGCCUCUAUAACCCUGAACCCCCCGCAGGACGAGGUGCUGGCACAAGUCUCCAAGGUAAUGAUCGCCAUUGCGAUCUUCCUCACUUACGGACUUCAGUUCUACGUUCCCAUGGAGAUCAUAUGGAAGAACGCCAAACAGUAUUUCGGCUCUCGACGAUUGCUCGGCGAGUAUAGCCUUCGCAUCGUACUGGUGAUAUUUACCGUUGGCGUGGCAAUUGCCAUUCCCAACCUGGGCCCGUUCAUCUCUCUCGUCGGUGCCGUGUGUUUAUCCACGCUGGGCCUCAUGUUCCCGUCGGUGAUCGAGCUGGUGACCGUCUGGGAACAAGAGAACGGCUUCGGCAAGUGGAACUGGCGGCUGUGGAAGAAUAUCGCCAUCAUUGCUUUCGGCGUGUUGGGCUUCCUCACUGGCACGUACGUCAGCAUACAGGAAAUCCUGGAGAACAAAUGAGACGCCGGAUGCGGCGCGAGGAGCGGCCCGCGACAGCCGCUCGCGAGUACCGCUCGUCGCCCGAUGUUACUCGGACGACGAGCACCACGUAUGAUUGCGUGCUGGACGUCUCUUUGCGCGGAGUCGAUCGUCGCAACGUCAACGACGAGCACAAUGACGGCGGGAACGACGUGACGCUAUCGGCGGGCGGAUCUUCGGGUCCGGAACGGGAUCCUUCUCGAAUCUCGAUUCCCGCAUUCUUUCUGUCGCUAGUACGACGAUGUAGCAACGACGAUCUAGCAACAAGGACGACGACGACGACGACGAAAAAGGAGACAUCCAUCCAAAAGUCUUCGCACGACUGAGCUUUCAUUUAUCAACUUUUUAACAACAGACAGGUUUGUAUUUCGUAUUGUACACAACAUCGCAUAUAAGACAAGGCGAGUAUGUACGGUCGAUCACAGAAAUUUGAAGAAUGGGUUUAUAUUGCACACUUUUGCUAUUGAUAGCUACUUGUAACAGAAUAUAUUUUUACUACAAAGAAUAUCAUAUCUAUGAAAUGGAAUUGAAAAUGAGAUAAUCAUUUUGAGAAGAGAAAGCAAUUUUAUUAGCAAAAAAGGAUCGUCAUUUGCUUUGUUUUCUCUAUGUAGAAAAAAAUUUUUUAAAAUUCUUUUUACUCUAUACUUUACUUAAAACGGAACUAAUAAAGUGACAAAUCUUUGGUAAUUUGGAUUUUAUUAUGUCAACUACGAUCGUUUAGGAGCAGAGGAUCUUUUAAUCAAGUAUUGUGUUUGUAGAAGUUUUGUGUUUUAUUUUAUGAUGCUGCACAACGUAGCAAAAUUAAGUCUGAAUAUUCAUUGUUGGUUUUUGCGGUCUUCAGAAGAUAGAAUUCUUUUGAAUUCUAAUGACACGAAUGCUGUUUACAUAUUUUUUGUCCUUUUUUUGUUAAACUUUAUUUUAAUAACGUCACAUCGACCGUACAAGCACAAUUUUUUUUUUUUACGAACUUUACAAUUGCGGGACGGUUUUCUAGAAUAGCGUUACGCGAGACAUUUCUUGGUCAUUUACAUAUUUUGUACAUCUAUAUAUAAAAUACGCAUGGAUAUUGUGUGUAGGAUGCACAAGCCAUCGCGUUCUGUUGAUGAGAACCGUACGCCUCGUUUACCAUGUGCUUAUUCGCUCGAUCGGAUUAUCACAAUAAAACAGUGACCUCAAAUUUGCAUGCUCGCGCGGACCACAUGGCGAACACGAGUCUCAAUCAUCCAGCCGCAGGCGAUUAGGUGUUUGCGAAGUAGGAUUUGUAAUGUGAGUGUAUUGAUACAGCUAUACACGUGCUUCCCCACGUAUAUAUAUAUAUAUAUAUAUAUAUAUAUAUAUAUAUAGCCGAUGUUUGCGCGCCGAGCUGAGAAUUAUUUCUUCGAAAAAUUUACAACUAAAUCUCGUGAUUCACUCCAUCUGCCUCCGCCGUAAGAAUGUCACGCGAGCGCGUGUCUGAGAUCACUGUUGCAAGAAGACGAUUUGUAAGAUACUGCGUUUUGCGAGAGAAUGCUGAAUUGAGCGUCACAUCGAUUUCCUUUCGUAUCGAUACUCGAUUUUGAAAGAAACCGGUCAUCCUUUUGGAUGCCAAAACGUUAUCUCUAAAAUAACAAGAUCAUCACUUAUUUCUUUGUGAAUAUGAAAUUUUUAUCUAUCUCUUGACAGCUGCUGCUGGCUCGAAUUUAUCAAUUUAUUAAUAAAUUGACGGAUGUCAAUUGAAAGUUAUAUAAAUUUAGAUAUAGAUUUGUUUCGAAUUAAUUCUUUUUAAACAAAGCUUCGUAUAAGAAACGUUCAAUUUGUUCUCUCAUGCAAAUGUAACAUAAAUAAUUUACUCGAUAGUACUUAUUAUCAGCUAGCUGCAGAAAUUACGAUUGCAAGAUCGGUUUCUUCGGAUGUGAUGAUCGAUUGGCGUGAUUCCGCCGAAAACGGCUGGUCUGUUCCUAGUGCAUAAUGCACGAAAUCGUACAAAAAUUUAAGCCAUUAAGAAUAAUAAGCAGGAGAAUGCGUAGAUGUAGUAAUAUCGUGAUGCACGCUUGCUAGUCUGUAAGUAAGAUUGCGAGAUACCGUCGCUAUUUUAUUAGCAUGCGAGAUAAAAAUUUAAUUGGUUAUGUUAUCUAAACCGAGGAUAUCUAUUUAAUCCUUAGCGUAUUAAUCAUAGGAGAAGUAGACUCGAAAGUAAAAAAUAAACAUGCAGAUUUACCUUUACGCGUCAAUAUGAAGGAUAAAACGAAAUUUGCCAAAUUUUUUUAGGAAUUAGUAACUAACAGGGAAUUUAGAAAAUCAAAAUUUUUAUUAGAAACGAAAAUAUUGACUAUUUUGAUAAUAAACUUGUGUCGUCUAUGUAUUUAAUAAUUAGCAAUAAUUUCGAUUUGUAUUUGUCUUCAGAGAAAUAAAUCUUUGUAGGAUACGCAAACGAGAAGACUGUAAAUAAAUUUUCUACGAAAGAUUUGUACACGUCACUUUUCGUAUGUGUUUUCAUAAUUUCAAAAGAUAUUUCUCUUAAAGCAGUAUUAACAGAAAACCGAAAUUGUAUAGAUCUGUUCGUCACAGUGUUUAACUCUUGAUAAUUCAUACCUCUUUGUCGUAUUCACACAUAAAAAUUCAUAACAUUUUAAACAAAAAAUAUUGCAGAUAAAUUUUCCAUUACGUAAUUCUGUAGUAAUUACGUAAUUACUACUACUUACGUAAUUACAUAGAAAUAGAUUUAUUUAUUUAAUUGUACCGCGCAAAUUAAUCGUAACAAACAUGUAGUAUAAAAUAUAUAGUCAGCGUAAAAUUGAUUGUUUAAAAAGAUUUAUACGAAUAUAUCGCGCGAAUGUUGAACGAUUGGAAGUGUAAUUCCGAUUUUUGCAUUGAUGAAAAAUAAUUUUUGUAAAGAGCUAAACACAGAGACGAUAAGAUAGAGAUAUUUUCUCCGAAACUCAAUCUACACCCUCUAAUCGAGUUCCACUUUUGGAACAAAUGUUUUAUAAGAUUAUAUAUAUUUGACAAGAUGCGAGACACACACAUGAUUCGUACUGCUUUGAUAAUGCGCCGUUGACUUUUACAAAAAAAAACAUCAUUUUUCCCAAGAAAAAUAAAACAGAGAAUCUUAUUUACAAGCCCGUGAAAUGAAAAUGUGCGCGCAGUACGUAGGCCAUAUCACUAUAUGAUUUUUUUUUGUAGUACACUUAUUUGAUAAUUUUAUAUGAGAGAACGCGGAAGCAAGAUGUAAUUUUGUUGAGGUGAGAAUUGGCAAAUCAAUGCACAGCGAUUAUUGCCUUUCUUCCAUUUUUAUAGAAAGAAGAAAUAUGUAUGCACGCGCGCAUGCAUACAGACAACAAACAUUUAUAUACAUAUAUAGAUAUUUUUCGUUAAAGCGUGUGCACUCGUACCUUUUAUAAUUAUUAUAAAAAAAAUAUAUAUAUAUAUGCGGAAUCUUUCUUUAUUAACAAUGUAAAUUUGCAACGUGUAGAACUGUUUGUUAAAUAAAGAGAAUUAAAAUAAGAGAAUUUCGAAAUGCUGA